UGCAUGUUUGGGGGAAUCUGGGAUGAACUAUCGGAUUAAGCACACCAAACUGUAUUUACUCUGAUUGUAAAACGAGGCAAAUAUUAAAAUAAUUUUAUUUAAGGUUAUGUGUUUAAAUUCGGAUGAGGAGUUUUAAUUCACAUUUGGUAUUUGAUAUGAAAUAGGGGAAGACCAGGGCUUGUUGUCACAUGGGUAAGUUGUCACAUUGUAAUUAUCUUUGCCACCAGAGGGAGCAACUAAAAAGUAGAAUACUAGUUUUCUUUUUUUAAAUGGUCAGGGGUCGUGUCCUGUCUGAGAAGAGAAGAGCACAUUGUGAGCUGAGAUGAGCUACAAUUAACCAUUUUCCACCACCCAAAGUACAAAAAUUAAACUUUAUAUAUUUUAAAAUAAGCUUCUACCAGAUACAAAUCCUAGCAGUGAUACAUGUGGACUUGUUAGAGGAGAGAUUAAGGCAUCCUGUCAUACCUCAGUUUUUGUUCUGUUUUAAACUAACUUUAAGCUAGAGCUUUAAUUAGCAGACAUGGUAGUUUGGGGCAACAUGUCUCAGUCAUUUUGGGGUUAGUUGUAGCAUGUUUAAAAGAGUGGUUUAAAGGAGAGGAGAAAGCAAGAAGACAUGGUCAGGAAUUACAAAAGAAAAACAGAGCGUGGCAGUGCAGUACCUGACGUGAUGCUGACAGCAGUCAGGCAGGUGACCCUAGCUAAUAAAUCAAUCUGGAGGACAAUCCACUGUCCUCCACUGUGAUAUCUUACCCCAUGUAGUGAGACAACUAACCUGAUGGUGGGGCAACAUGUCACAUGUUCACACUCUCUAUUUGAUUGCUUACAACUUUGCACUGACACAAGAUAUGAAAAUGACAUGAAUACAAACUUAUACCUGAGAGUUUGGUCUUUCAUCUAGUACACGCUUUGUUUAUAUAUGAUGUAUUGAUUACAAGAAAUAUACAAGAGUGUAAAAAGUGUGACAACAAGCCCCGGUCUCCCCUACCAUUAGUCUGACCAACAGCAUGGGAACACAUAAAGUUGCACAAUUAAGUCACAUAUGAAGUUAUGAACAUUUAUUUUUCCCAAAGUCUGUAGGAUUACAUUGGAAGCAUUUUUGACAUUCAUCAUUAGGGGCUGACUAUUCAGUUAAUAUUUUGGUAUUUCAUGCAUUAAAAAAAGGUUUUUAAAGGGUUACUUGGACCCUUGACCACCUUUUUCUAAAUUCUCCUGCAGUGACUUCUCUACAUUACAAAGAAGUAACCACGCCCACUCUUAUGCUGCCUUCAUGGACUGAAUUCAUGAGUGAUAGACUUGCCACUAGGUGCUGCACCAAAUGUUGUAACCCUUUUGAGUCGGUAACCAUCUUAACAAUCGAGUUAUAUACACAAUUGGCAAUUUCAAAAAAAUUGAAGCAAUAAAGGAGACACCGAACAGGAAAAAUGUGACAGUGGGAGAGGAAAACUUGAGCAUUAUCGGUUUCUUUUUAUCGUGAUAAACGGGGAUUCAUAUUUGGGGGAAAUAGAACCAAAAUAAAGUGCAAAGACUGGAUACAAUAUUAUUAACUGGUGAGUAAACAUAUUUAUUUUUGAAUUAUCGAUGAAGCGACACACGUUUCGACAAACUGACUUUCAACGAGAUGAUUCCGACUGCCCCUGAAGGCCGCACAUUUCCUGUCUGCGGCCAGGCGGCAGAAUACGGAACAGCGACACGCACAACCGCUGGAUAAACGGCAAACACACACACUGAAGUUAUUAUCCGUUUGUUGUUCAGAGCUCUUUUUAUUUCUCGGCGUUAAAUAUGAACGUAUUUCCUCUCAACUGCGCCUCUGGCUGUGACUAUUUUGAUUUAAAGUAAACUCAGGAGACAUACAGCACGUCCCCUCCUUCCCUCCCCGUCUUCUCUCUGACCGCUUUGAGGCUCUCUCCCCACCGGUGUCGGGUGUCUCAAUGGCGGACCCGUCAGAUGCAGCCCCGGGGAGCGUGGAGGAGAAGGCAGACCGAAUCAACGACGCAGAGCUGGCACUGAAAGGGAUCAAUAUGCUCCUCAACAAUGGAUUCAAGGAGAGUGAUGAGCUCUUCAGGGCAUACAGGUCUGAGACAAUAAGCUGUCUUUCAGUGUCUGCUCCAUUCACACCGCAGUGAUGGACUUCGAGUCUCACUUUGGGAGCUGUUUAAUGUCAUGACAGGUGUAACUGUAAAUACUAUCGAGUCAUCGCCGUGUGCCAUAGUCUGUGAUUCAUUAGCGAAACUUACCGACCAUCAUACUCGUCACGCUCUAGUGUAGCAGCAGCAUAUGAUCCGGUCACAAGCAGGAGGUACUUAGUUUGGCUACCACCAGCAAUUAUCCACAACCACAAUGUGAGUUGUUGUGGUUAAACAUAACUAAGACUUUAAUCCAACCUCACCUAAUGAGUGUUUACAUGCUGUUACACAUGUUUAGACGAUCAUAGUCGUGCUGCAGUUUGCAAAUAAUGACCUCCUGAUGUAUUAGUCAAAGCUGUAUCAUCACAAGACUUUAACAUAUAGGGGAGAGUGGGGUAAGUUGAGCCACAGGGUAGGUUGAGCCACCCCCUGUUGCUUGGAAAUGGGAAAAGAAAUUGAUCAUGUGACCAAAUAUUUAGGAAAUGGGCAUCAAUUCAUGGAGUCUGUGAAGGGUAGAGGCGCAUAGGUAAAGGGGUCAGACAUUUACUUCCAAAAAAAUAUUUUUCACUCUUGAAAGUGAAUUUAGUCUGUCAUAAGUUUUAUUAGAAAUGUGCUCAGACCAUUAAUUGUGGUAUCUAUGAGCUACAACAUGAGGUCAAAAACCUAGCAUAAAAGUCCACCAUUGAGCGUGGUGGUGGUUAGUAGGGAUACGGCUCAACUUACCCCGCUCUUAUGGUCAACAUACAAUAGUAAGAGACAAAACUAUGAUUGCCUUGAUGUAGUGAUUCGAAAUAUGAAAAGUGGCUCACUUUACCCCACUCUCCCCUACUGAUUUAGUGGAACAGAUCAGUGUGCUGUUCAUAUAAAUAGAAUUAAAAGAAGUAUGCAUACCAAAGAAUCAAAUAUGGAUUCAGUUCUUGUUGGAUCAUUUCAGACUGAAUGCAAAUGAAACAUCUAGAACAAGUGCUCUUAAUCUUAGUACAAUUUUUUUCUUUCAAAUCCACAACCAAAAUGAGACAAAUGACAGAAUUGUGAAGCUACCAACAGCAAAUUAUGUUGCUGUAACGCCAACAUAACAAUGAAACUAGGUGGCUAUUAUUGUUCUGUUGGUUAAAUAAUAUGUUAGUCAACCAGUCGUUCAAGCUGCUACAAUCCCCAGUGUGGGUAUGCCACUGUUGCCAUCAAAUUAUGUAACUGGUUAGCUUUCCUGUUUUACUACGAACUGUCUCAGGAGUUUCGUAAAUGUUCCUGUUGAACUUGUCCUGGCCUGGCAGAUUUCUUCAGUCUCAACUACUCAAAUCUGUUGGACAGUUGCACUUCUGAGACAGUCAAGUAGCCAUUUUUGGUAUUAUUAAGUAGAUAAAUAUUGAAUCUAAACUUGCAAAAAUGGUCCUUUAUCCUAACCCUUUACAGGAAUUGACAAUCUUCCUCCUUAGUGAUAAAGCUUUUAACAUCUUUUUAGUGCUACUUAAGAUCUACUCGUAAAAGUCUUUUAAAAAAAACCUUUUCGGUCUCAUUAUAAGUGGCUUGGGAUGAGUCACAAGUCAAUGUUGUUGCUUUAAAAGGUCACAAGAUAAAAAAGGUCUGGUGCCUCCUGAUACAAGACUAUAGACCACUUGCAGUUUGCAGGAUUUGUAAACACCCUUUAGCUUUGUUGAUAGGGUAAAAUAACCUGAUUAUCUUGAGGAAGCUUUCUCCGUCUUCUCUAAUGUAGAUGCCACAGAAGGGCAAACCCCCAUGUGCCCUCACCCCCACUGGGGGUUUAAAUAUCACCUCUUCUGCUAAUUGCUUGUAGCACUGGGAGUCAUCCUGCUUUGAUUGUAUCAGCAAAAAAGAAAACAUGGAGGGAAGUGAAAGAUACAUACACAGCAACUGAUGAGUAUUGUAUUUCUUUGUUUUCUGUUUAGAGUCCAUUGGUUUUCAUUGAGAUGACUCUGUGUUUGAUGGUGCCUUUUUUGUGACAGCUCCAUUUGACAUCACCACGUUCCUUCUAAAUAUAUUCUGUCAUGUGUGUGUCCUAACUUGUCCUGACUGCAAACCAUUUAAAGGCUCAACCCGCUGUUUUCAUUCCACUCAUUAUCUGCUUAUUUUCCCUUUCAGAGCUAUCAUCUCUUCACACAGCACACCUUUAACUGACACGUCACCUGUUCUCUCUCUCUCUCUCUCCUGUUCCAGGAAUCACAGUCCUUUAAUGAGUUUUGGAGCCAGUUUUGUGAGUUUUCUGGUGAGUCAAAAUGAAACCUGCAAAUCUCUGUCCACUUCAGAACACAUUUUGGUUUCUUAUUGAGGUUUCAGAAAUUUCCUGUCCGUGUAUGCCUGGCAAUAAGAAAGACUUACAUGCAACUGACUUGUGCCUGCGAAAGCUGGGUUUUGGGUUCUUUUAUUUUGACAUUACAGUCAUUACAUUACAGUGGUUAAAACUACCUAGAUCAAGAGUAAGAUGUCAGGAAAAACUGAAAGUGUAACCCUUUAAACUUCUCAUCUAUAGACAUGUUAAGUAAGAUAAGAACUUGUCUAUACAUUGUUGAUACAAUACAAGUAAAAGAAUAAAACAGUCUGGUGUCACUUUCUUGUUUUAAGGAGAUUCACUAAAAAGUAAAGCUUUGCAAAAACAAAUAAUAGCAUAGUUAAUAUGUCUAGGCUUUAAAAUGGAAAGUUCGAUCCUGACUGACCUACCAGCCUCCAGGAAGGAAAAUGAUUAUGAGCAUGAGUUAUUCAAGAGGGCUGAACACAGAAUCACACAGUCUGUCAAAUUGGCUUGCUGUGUGUGAUAGCAGAGAUAGCACAACCUCAUUCUACACACAGUGCACAGUUAACUCAGACCUACACAAAAAAUGUACAGACAAGAGGAAAAAAUAAACGUAGGUAUUUGCUAUUGAAAUAAAUAUCUAGCCUAUUAAUACUCCACAUAGAGGUAGCAUUGAGUUAAUGUCUGUUAGUUGUGCUAGAAAACCCUAGAUUACCGGGAGCAGGCCUGGUUAAACGGCCUUGACUGCAGCAGGAAGGAAGGACUUGCAGUAUCUCUCUGUCACACACAGCGGGUGAAGAAGUCUGUCACUGAAGGAGCUGCCCAGUGCUCUGCAGGGGGUGGGAAACAUUGUCCAUGAGAGACGAUAGCUCAGCCUUAGCCUAACCUCAUUUUAAAGCUCCUGUGAUGAGUUUAAAGCUUGAUAUAUGACAGGCUGAAAUGAAUCUGAUGCCCUGACAUGAGGAAGAAAAGCAAAAACAACCAUAUGUAAGUGUUUCUGUCUGUAACUGCUGCCACCUGACUGGUCCCAAAAACCCUUUUUUAGUGAUGUUCAGAUGUGUUUCACUGUUUCCUUGUGAGAACACACCACUACUUGUGCAUGAAUGAAAAAAGAUAGUAAAAAGACCCACUGCUAUUUCAGCCAAGACCAGAACUAAACAAAAGUUCCUCUUAGUAGUUAAAACUCAGAGUAUAAUUGCCUUUUUUUCCUCUCCCUGACAUUCUGUACAUUCUGUCCUGAAAACUCAGGAUGAUUUGAUCCUGUCAAGGGCAUGGAUAGCAACUUAGUCAGACUGAUACAUCUUUCAUACUAUUUUACAUGAUCUGUUUGAAUAGUCCUCAAAAAUAGUUUAAAAAAAGCAAAUGGAAAAGCAGUUUAAAAGAUAAUAACCUGUUGGAGGAGCUCACAGAAAGAGAAAUCUUUUGUUCAAAUCUUCAAAAAAUGCUGCUCGGAUCCCUCUCCUUGAGGAGUAAUAGUUUGCCUGAGUCGUGUAGCAACAGGAGUUUUUAUCCUACUCCAUGUUUUUUGCAGAACGCCAUGAUGACAUUUGAAGAGGAGAAAAUGCAGAUGGCCUUCGAGGACCUGAAAGCCACAGAGAGACUGUGUGAAAGUGAAAACACGGGUGUCAUCGAAACCAUUAAAAACAAGAUCAAGAGGAGUGUGAGUAAAUUUUUCAACAUUUAGCCUGCCGGCCUUUGUGUUUGAGGCAUCUAUUAUUAAGUUUGAGGUGUUUGUGUGUGCAGAUGGACUCUCAGAGGUCAGGGGUGGCUGCAGUAGACCGACUCCAGAGGCAGAUCAUCAUCGCAGACUGCCAGGUUUACUUAGCAGUGCUGUCAUUCAUCAAACAGGAGCUGUCAUGUAAGAGAGCCUCUGCUGCUUGUUGAUUACUGAGGCAUGCUGCAUGUUUGUUGGUGUGAAAUGAAAUUAAUGAUCUUCGGAGGCUAUUUUCACUCCAAUCUUGAGGUUUUUUCAUAUUUCACUGAUCUUAACUUCAAUUUUUUCCAACAGCAUACAUCAAAGGAGGCUGGAUCCUCCGCAAAGCCUGGAAGAUGUACAACAAAUGUUAUAGUGACAUUACACAGCUGCAGGAAGGCAGCAGAAGAAGAGCGUCCGAGCAGCCAGCAGUACCUCCUCAUUCUCUCUCCUCCUCCUCCGCUGACUCCUACUCCCACAGCCGCUCCUCUUCUCCUGGUCCGAGUCCGUCUCACAGGCUGGAUGGCAUCAGCUCUGAAGCGCUGGACCGCCUGAAAGGCUCAGUCAGCUUUGGUUACGGCCUCUUCCACCUCUGCAUCUCAAUGGUGCCGCCGCACCUGCUGAAAAUCGUCAACCUGCUGGGUUUCCCUGGCGACCGUCUCCAAGGCCUCUCAGCACUCAUGUACGCCAGUGAAAGUAAGGACAUGAAGGCCCCCUUAGCUACGUGAGUAUGUGAGUGAGUACGAUUGUGUAUCGGCAUUUCAGCUGCACCACAAGCAUGAUCUGUAGGGUUGAAAAUAAGCUCCUGUGAGAAGUUUUAGCUGAUCAUGAAACAGAGAAGAAUAAUAGUGAUGCUUCUGUAUAACAUCAUGAUUUAUUGCUGUUGAAUUUUUUUGUUUGUUUUUCACAGCAAAAACCCAGUAGUUGAUAGACCUGACAGUUAAAGAGCGCAGGAUGAGAUCUCUGUGGUCAAAUACACUAUUUACACAUGUACAGGAUGACAUCAGCAGACCUAAGGAGGUGUCAACAAAAAGCUUUUCAGAGCAGCUCUAACAAAGAACCUCGUCUACUUCCCGCUCUGAUCCUUUUACUGUCAUUGUUGCAUGGCACACUACACUGAAGAAACCCUAACUUAAAUCAAAUACAGCUUGCAAACCAGUUUAAAUAAAAUCUUCAAAUCUAUGAUAAUAAAACAUUUCGUAACCCUUUUUCAUCAUGCUUUAAGCUUGCACCUUAAUCUUGUUUGCCAUCAGCACUUCAUGUCUCUAAAAUUAGUUCCCGUUUCUUGCAGCAAAAAAAACAGCAGCUGCAAGAGGCUCUUGUUGUGGUAUUGCUGUGUAGGCUGCUUUUUAGUACAAGGAGGAACAAGUAGAUUUCUGGGAGUGCUGAUGAAUGAAGAUGUCAGAUCACCGCAUUUAGUAAUGUUCCAGCUGAUACCUCAAACUUUUCUUACAUGAAACUUCAUGAACUGAAUGUUUUAUAAGGAUUAAAUAUAAAAACUGACCAAACAACGCAUACAAAACUAGCUAAACAGAAUUCACAACUAGCUAAAGUUGAUUAAAAAUCAUGUCUGAUGGAGUUGCUGUUUGUUUGUUUGUUUGUUUGUAAAACUCACAGUCCUCACAGUCUCUCUGCUGCCUUACAGCUUGGCUCUCUUGUGGUACCACACAGUCGUGCAGCCCUUCUUUGCGCUGGAUGGUGCAGACACACAGGCAGGCCUGAUGGAAGCCAAAUCUAUCCUCCGUCAGAGGGAAGCUACCUAUCCAAACUCCUCUCUUUUCAUGUUCUUCAAAGGCAGAGUACAGCGCCUAGAGGUAAAUCCAUUUUCACAUCAGACCUGAUUGUUACUGCUCAGUCUCCUGACAGGGUUAAAAACUCAAAGUUGUUUCAGCUUCUUGUACACAGCGUAAUGCUCCCCUUUUCCAGUGUCAGAUCAGCAGUGCCUUGAAAUCCUUCCAUGAUGCCUUAGACCUGGCUUCAGAUCAGAGGGAGAUUCAACACGUGUGUUUAUAUGAAAUAGGUGCCCCCUCUUAACCCUUCAGAUUUUAAUAUCCCUCUCUCAGUUCAAGCUAGAAUAAUAAUGUGUGAUUGUCGAACAUUUCAGGUUGGUGCAGUAUGAUAGAGCUGAACUAUGAGGGCGCCUACAGGGCCUUUGAGCGCCUGAAGACUGAGUCUCGCUGGUCCCAGUGCUACUACGCAUACCUAACUGGAGGUGGUAACAGUAUAAAUGAACAUAGCUUUGAGUACAGUUCUUCCUACUGUGUUUUUAACUAUACCUUAUUUGUUGGUUUUGGUAGUGUGCCAAGGAGCCACAGGUGAUCUGGAGGGAGCGGCAGCCGUGUUCAAGGAUGUGCAAAGACUAUUCAAGCGCAAGAACAAUCAGAUAGAGCUGUUCUCCUUGAAGAGGGUGAGUACAUGUCCAGCUGAUUCUAAACUUCAGAGCUGUGUGAUACAGAAAUCAGUCAGGUAAAUUUGUAAAGAAUUUAUGUAAACAUUUCAUCAGGCUGAGAAGCUGAGGUGUCCUAGUCUGUCCAAAGAGCUCUGCAUCCUCUCUGUGAUCGAGAUUCUGUAUCUGUGGAAAGCUCUACCCAACUGCUCCACCGCCAAGCUGGAGACGAUGACACAAGGUACUUAGUGUUUAAAUGUUAAACUAAGUUUUGAGUAAGUUUUACUGUUUUUAAUCCUGUUUGUUUUUAGUCUUGCAGGGGAUUGAUGAUGCGUCAUGUGCCGGCCUGAAAAACCUGCUUCUUGGUGCCAUUAACAGAUGUCUCCACAAAACCAAAGAUGCCAUUCAGGUACCUUAAUCAUCCCAUUGAUAUUAUGGUGGGCUUUAAAUGUGGAUCUUAACCUGAUACACAUAUAAAGGUUUCAUGUCAAAGUGAUGAUUGCUUCAGCUGACACUGCACAUUUUUUUUUUUCAGUAUUUCCGACUUGCUGCUAGGGAUGAAGUCGGUCGCUUGAGCAACUCUUAUGUGCAGCCCUACUCCUGCUAUGAGCUGGGCUGUGUGUUGCUGAACACCCCAGAGGCAAGUUUCUUUUUUUUCCCUGAAUAUGGGUGUGCGUUUGUGAGUGUGAUAAAAAGGGAGACAUCCUCAGCUGUGAUGGUGUAAAGGUCAAAUCACUGAAAUGUUUCAUUUUCUCUCUUUCCAGUCUGCAGCGAAGGGCAGGAUGCUAAUGCUUCAGGCCAAGGUAGAGUAUAGGUUUUGUAUCUGAGUCAUACAUGGUUUGGAUUCUUACUCUAUGCUGCUUUUGUUUGCUCACUGGUGGUAAAUUCUGUAAUUAGAGCUAAAGUCAUUAUUAAAAUGUAUUCAGACAGUUAAAGGUAAAAGGACAGUAAAGCUCUCAUCGAAGUUAAAUCACUCACUCACGUGAUCAGUGUAUCAAAUAAGGGUUAGGAAAAAUGGGAUCAAUAGUGCUGUACCAUCAAGUAAAAUAUGUAGCGUAUGCAGGCUGCAGCAUGUCUGUUUUUAUGCAGCAAACAAUGAAUCAGGCUUUUCCUUAUUAAGGAGAUCAGGGAUGGCAGGAUUAUUUGGCCUCAGCUUUUAUUAAGUGCUCUGCCCUGAAAUGCUCUCAGAACCUCCUUUUAUAAAAAGAAGACACUGCCAUUUGAAGACUCAUACUAAAUAAGGUAUUCCCCCAGAAAAGGUCACGUCUACAAAUAUAACGUAAAGGAUGUCUGCGUGGCCUGUGGUGCAGCAAACCAAGCUGCUUCGGAGGAGUUUGCUGCUGCAGCAGCAUUGACUUUGUUGUUGAAUGAUUGGCAGCUGACUGUGAUGCAGCUCAUGCCUCCCUCUCUCUCCGUUGCCGUGAGAACCUACCCUGCAUGCCUGAGCACAUACAGCAGUGUCUGACAGGAGGGAGCUCUGUUGCCUCUUUAAUGUUUUCUCUGGUACAUGAUGAAGCAGGGAGCUCAUAAAUUGAUCUGAGUGUACCAGCAACAAGGUUUGUCAGUGGGCAGGGAGAGUUAUUAUUAUUAUUAUUAUUAUUAUUAUUUUUUUAAAAUUAGUAUUAUUAUUAGUAUUAUUAUUAGUCUUAGUAUUAGUAUUGUUAUUGUUAUUGUUAUUAUUAUUAUUAUCAUUGUUAAAAUUUAUUAUUAUUAUUAUUAUUAUUAUUAUUAUUAUUAUUAUUAUUAUUAUUAUUAUUGUUAUUAUUAUCAUUAUUAUUGUUAUUAUUAUUAUUAUUAUUAUUAUUAUUAUUAUUAUUAUUAUUCACAGUUUUGUCUUUUUUGGUGGAUUUUGCAGGAGGACUUUGCCGGUUAUGACUUUGAGAACAGGCUCCAUGUUCGUAUUCACUCAGCUCUCGCUUCAAUGAGGGCUGCAGGACAGCCUUGACGUUUUACCCUCACCUCACACAGACCUGGACAAAUGUUUCUGAAAAAGCCACAACCCAUCUUUGGGCACUUAUGUUACACUGUUGUAUUGAUUUGUAUUUAUUUUUAUAUUCUGAGCCUCUGUAUCAUUUAAAACGUGUGCAAUAUUAACUGUAGGUGUUCUCUGGGACAAAGAGAUGUCUUAUUUUUGUUUCUGUACUGCACUGUAAAUGACUGGACUGGGCUUUUUUAGUGUUUACAUGGUUCAGUUCAAAAAGAAGAUGCCAGCUCAUUCAGAGGAAAUAUAUUUGUUUUGGGACAUCAGUCAAGUUGGACAGUUUCCAGGUAAAGUAGUGUAACUGCACAUAUUAAUACAAAGAGUAAAAGCAAUCAAAGAGAGACUCAGCCUGUGACUUAAAGAAGCUGAGGUCCUUUGUUUUGGCUGUAGAGACUUUGCUUCUCCAUAGAUAUUUAUAGAGUUAAACCUUAAUUUGACUUUGUUUACCCUCUUUUUUGUUUUUAAAGAAAACUGUUUUUAUCAGUGUAAAUAUGUCUUGCACACAAGUUUUACUAGAUGUGCCAUUAUUAUGUUUUACCACUCAUGAGUGGUGUAGAAGCACACUGCUCUUACUUUAAAACCGGGUUCUUUUGUAUUAUUUGUUUUAAUACAAUAAAAUGUAUAUUAAAUGAGA